GCACGGAUGUCAUCCGGGCAGAUACAGGUGUGAGCCGGAAGGCGUGUGGGCGUUUAAGCUGGCGUGCCACCCGCCAGCGUGUGCAGGGUCGGGCCAGCGAGACGAGCAACGAUAUUUAUGGGCAGCAUGAGAGAAGACCGGAUACUGUUGACGUGCGAUUGAGGAGAGAGUGCAAGGUGGCCCGGGCGCAAAGAGUAGUAAAGCAGGGGCAGGGGCAGGGAUGUCGUGUGGCGUACGCUUGUGUGAAUGCGGUGAAUGAAUGGGCUGACAGGCUACGGGAACUGCGGAAACGGCGAAGAGGUGUGCGGAAAGCUGCAUCGGUGGUCCGCGCGCAUACGAACGUUCGCCUCAGCGACAUGGUUGCUCCACGCAGGCCAGCAUUGUACGAUGUUACUUCGGCGCACCGAGUAAAUCCAGUGAGAAUGUUGGUUGGGUGUCGGGGGUCAGGGAAUGGAGUGGAGCUGGAUACGUCUGCGGGAUUGGCGUGUUGA